AUGUCGGUGAUGCAGAAACGGCAGCACUGUUACUUAUGCGACUUGCCCCGUAUGCCGUGGGCAAUGUUGCAUGAGUUUUCAGAGGCUGUUUGCCGUGGUUGCGUCAACUACGAAGGUGCAGAUCGCAUCGAAGUAGUGUUAGAUACUGCCAGACAGUUAAAACGCGCCCACGGCUUUCAAGAAGGUCGUGGGCCGACACACACUAAAGGAGCACACCGCGCACCUUUGGAAGCUCACCAGAAUGGUGCUGAAACGGCUGCCAGAGGACAACCUGCUCCUCCAGCUCACCACGCGCCCACCACUGGAUUUACUCUGCACCAUGCGAGACCUACAGCCAGUGCUGGCCUGUUAGCAGAAUAUGGUGGACGAAGAGAAGAGCACGAAGGACGGCGACUUACACACCUACCUACACAUCAUUUACCAACACACGGCGGUGCCCGUCUCGCUCCUGGUCUCACACUGAAGCGGCCACUGGAUGAUGAUGAUCAUCAAAACCACCAUGAGCCUACAAAACGGCUUUUAGAGGAACAUUCCAGACCUCCUCUAACUCGUGGUGAUUCACUUCCAGCAGUUUCUUUGGCAGCUCCGUUCGCUCCAGCAGAUCGUGUUUUCAAGCAAGAAAAACAUCCACUACGCACACCAUCCUUUGAUGCAUCUUCAUUUAAGACAAAUGGUUAUGGCAACAGUGCACCUCUGACAAAUGGUUCUGCAAACUCUCCACUGGGCCGCUCGGCAGGAUCUCCUCCAGUGACCGGUGCUAGUGGAGUAGGUGCCGGAGGCGCUGGUCCCUCUCCAAUGGCGGCACUCAUGUCCGUAGCUGAUACGCUGCCUCCAGGUUCACCACGCUCUGCCGGUGGAUCUCCACCCCAGCCACCACCACAGCGGUCAAAUAGCCGCUCUAGCCAACACUCUCCCAAUUCGUCAGGGUCAAAUGGCGGGCGGCGGUCGUCGGGCUCGCGACACGUGUCGUCUACUACGUCGGUCUCGUCCACGGAGGCGGGUGACGGCGCUGACGCUACUGCGCCAGCGCCUACGCCGCUGCUCAAGUGCACGCUCUGUCAGGAGCGUCUCGAAGAUACUCACUUCGUUCAGUGUCCCAGUCAGCCCCAUCAUAAAUUCUGCUUCCCCUGCUCCCGAGAUUCCAUCAAGAGGCAGCAAGGCUCAGAGGUGUACUGUCCGAGUGGGGAAAAAUGUCCAUUGGCCAAUUCUACGGUGCCAUGGGCGUUCAUGCAGGGUGAGAUAGCGACGAUUCUCGGUGAGGAGUUCAAACCGAAGAAGGAGCGAGAGACCUAG